CCAAAAAGGAGGCGAGGAGCAGCUGUUGGCAGGAAAGGAAGGAAAAAAAGGGUUGGGCCGCCUUUGUCCAGCCCAAUUGUUUUUUUUCCCCCUUGGGCGUGUGUUUUUUAAUUUGGGCCUGUUUGACUUGGAAUUGGUGAGAAGUGGUCUUGUUCCUAUUUUUCUGACGAAAAAAAACCAAGAUCUGAAAUUAGUUGUACCGGGUAUCUCGUCUAGUCGUUUGAGAUGGCAGAAGAUGGGAAGUUCCGAAUUGAGAAGUUCGAUGGUACAGAUUUCAGUUGGUGGAAGAUGCAAAUUGAAGAUUUGAUGGUUCAGAAUGAUUUGGAUGUGGUUUUGGGUGACAAGCCAGAAAAAAUGUCGGAUGCAGAUCGGGCAGUUUUGGAUCGGAAAGCAAUGUCCGUGAUUUGUCUCUCGUUGACCAAGAAUGUUGCGUUCAACAUUCUGAAGGAGAAGACAUCGAAGGGAAUUAUGGACGCGUUGUCUAACAUGUACGAGAAGCCAUCUGCAGCGAAUAAAGUUUUUCUGAUUAGAGAGCUGAUGAACACAAAGAUGAGAGAAGGCACUUUAGUUACCGAGCAUAUCAACAAGUUGAAUUCGAUCUUAGCCAGACUUGCGUCAGUGGGCAUUAAGUUCGAUGAUGAAGUUCAAGCUUUACUACUGCUAUCGUCUUUACCUGAUAGUUGGUCCGGAACGGUUACAGCGGUUACCGGUUCAGUGGGGCCUGAUGGAUUCACCUUUGAUCAGAUUCGAGAUCUCGUUCUUGGCGAGGAUGUCAGAAGAAAGAGUUCAGGGGAGUCAUCUGGCUCUACGAGUGACGAGGAGGUCGCUCUGACUUGCUGUGAGGAAAGCAAUGUGUAUUCCUGGGUCAUGGAUUCUGGUGCUUCAUUUCAUGCUACCCACAGCGGUGAAGCAUUGCAGAAUCUAGUUGUUGGGGACUUUGGAAAGGUACGACUAGCGGACGACAGAGCUCUUGAUGUGACGGGCAUGGGUGACAUGGUGUUGAAGACCUCAGUCGGUGUAUGGACUUUGAAGGAUGUCAGAGUGGUUCCAGCCUUGAAGAAAAGUUUGAUUUCUGUCAGGCAGUUGGACGAACAGGGACACGAGGUGAAGUUCAGAGAUGGGCAGUGGAAGGUCGUGAAGGGAAAUCUUGUCAUGGCCCGCGGAAGAAAGAGUGGUUCGCUGUAUAUGGUUGAGUUACCAUCUGAGGGAGUGACCGUCCCAGUUCAGAAGAAAAACGAAGUCCGGUUCACAGAGUCUCGUGGGCAGAAUAAGGUUGUCUGUGCAAGAGAGAAACUUAGAGCCACUGGUCAGACUCAGGAUGAACGAGCGUGGAAAGGUUUAAGGGGGGCCAGUCAGAGGUGUUUAUGGCAGUGGGAGCUCAAGAGGCGCUUCAGCCAAGUUGCCUAGAAGACAGUGGGUCAGGAGAACCAGUAUUCCAGCCGUUGGAACAUCUCCAGAAAAUUUCUUGCUGAGUAUGGAGAGUGUUUGUUCUCAGGAUGUUCCAGGAUCCGGCAGUCGUCUGCAGUGGGAGCCGGUAGGGACCGAGGACGAGUCAGGGACAGACUUUGCCGUGACUGAUGUGUUGG